AUGAACAAAAAGGGGGGCGGAAACAGCGAUCCGGAAAAUAUGGCAACAGAAUCGGAAAUAAAAUUUGCCGGAAAUGAUAACAAAGUUAAAAUGUACGAACCAAAACAUAGAAGAAAAUUGAUAAGAGUUCUUACCGUGUUUGCUUAUAUAUUUUCUGUGAGUUUAGCCGCAAUCAUGUUAUCAUUGUUUUAUUUGUUUAUAUACAGUCCGGGUAAAGCAACAAACAUGAAAAAUUCUGAACCCCUGAAAAAAAUUAUACAAGCGGAAAUGUCGAUGCAAAAAAUUGAAGAAGAUCCUGAUUUGUUAACAACUCCUAGUCUUCCUAAUUAA